UAUAAGGAACCGCUCGACCAAUCAGAUUGCUAGAAGCUCUUUGCUCGGCUCUGAAAUUAUACUAAACAGUGAUUGUUUGAUCUUGAACUCUGGAGUAAGAAUCGAUCGUGAGAGUAGACCUGGGAAUGACUGUUGCCGGCGAUCCUUACUGCUGACCUUUUGUUAACCUGAAUGGAAGUUGAGGUCAGCUUAAAGUCAAGGAGAGUAAGGAAUUGUUUCUUGCUCCUGGAGAUACAUAAAAAUUUUGGAACUCAGGCCGAGAGAUUCAUUACUGUGAAAAUUUUUACAUGCGGUGAUCUAUCUCAACGCAAAGUUGAAAUUAUGUAUUUAGCGUCAUCAAUUUCUCAAAGAUGCUAGUGGUCUCUCAAUCUGUGUCACACUGGCUGCUGUUUUGAAAAACCUGAGCGGAAGUCAUUUUCAGAGUAGAUCAGCGAUGGCGGAUCCAGACCUUGAGCUAAAGGGGGGUGGGGGGGGGGCGUUUUUGUUUGUGUGUGUUCACCUGCCGGUUUUUCUUCCCUGUUCUUCCCCUUAUUUUAAACCAAAAUAAGGGGAGGGGGCGAGGCCCCCGUGCCCCUCCCCUUGAUCCGCCACUGACCAAUGUCAGUCUCUGAACGACUGCAAACCCACCCCUCCCCUAACCCAACAACAGUCAACUGAUAACAAGGUAGGGUUAAUGUUGGAGAGGGGCGGGUGCCCGAACAUCAACGUCAAGCUGAAGACUUGUUUGUCAUUCCAUGGUGAUCUGGGUUAAUUUUGGCGUGCUCGUGGAGUAACAAUUGCCAAGAAAGAUUGUCCAAGGUUCUAAGAAAAUAAUGAUCCAACAAGCUCUCAAAUAGCUGACAAAUAUCUUUAACAAGCUUUCUUAUUAAAGUAAAUAGCGACUAGAUUUUUUCCUGAAAGUGCUUUUAAAUCAUUUUUGUCUAUCAAAGAUGUAAAUGUUUACAAUAUUGAAAAUCACGCCACAUUAAUUACACCACUACGUUAGAAAUUGAUUAAAGGAAGAGCGAAUAAGAAAAAAUAUGAGGCUAGAAACGGGUGGCAAGUCCUAAACAGAAAGACUUUCGGGGACAAAAGCGCAAAACAUUUUCCAUAUGGAUGGGAAUUUUAAAAGAAUAUUGGCUUUAAAAGCUUCUCUUCUCACAAGGGAUCCACAGUUUUCUGUUGAUGUUUUUCAUUGGUAAGAUUGUUCGUCGGUGACCCAUUUGCAACUGUUUCAAAGAAAGAAAAAGGAUCGUGCGAUUUCAAAUAAAAUAUAGAUAAGGGAACGGGAUGACUUAGGAAGAGCCAGCACGGGGCUGUCACACAACAGGUCUGGAUUGUUAGAGAACGAAUAUCGAUUGCGUUUUGUAAAACCAAAUUCAAAGAACUCACAGCUACCCGAUGAGAAAUCGAGGAACAAACGAACGACCCAACGAACUGUUAUUAAACAAAUAUUCGAUUUAUUUAUUAGAAAUGUUUUUUGUCGAUUCGUCGAACGACCCGAUGAAGCGCUCUUUUAGAGAAUGCUUGCUUGUUCUGUGACGAAUAGCAAGGUAAACAAAUAAAAUUGGCCACCAUAAAGCGUUUACAGAACUGACGUUUCGAGUAUUAGCCCUUCAACAGAGCAAAGGGCUAAUGCGACGCUCGAACUUCAGUCAGAGAAUCUUUUUAUGGUAGCUAAUUUACAAAAUCAAUUCAUUUGAUAAAAUAAAUUGUCUUGUAAUACCCCCACCGUCGCUCCACCCCACAUUCUUUAGAAACGUUUCCCCUUUCAGCAAAGUAGUUGUUUUUCUGUUUUUUUGGCGUAUGUGUCGAGGGUUGAAUAAAAAUUUAAUUAGUAGUUAACUUCUAUUGUAUUGCCUGAGGGCACCUUUAGUCAUUAGAAACCCCCAGGUUCCUAAAUUUCCUUUGAAAUCUUUCUGCCUUUUAAUGACAAAGGCGAAGUAUUUUCUAAGCCAUUCCAAUUGUUUGACCAAUCUUACCUAAGACCCUACCGUGGCAAAUUUUUUAUUGAACAUAAUUUAGGUACCCGUAAAGACAUGUUUGUAAAAUUAGAAGUCAGAACGAAUUUAUAAAAAUUUUGCAAGACAUAAAUACUUAAACAAGAGCAGAACCGAAACCUAAAGCCCUGUACUCGUUAUAUCAGUUGGUGAUUUUAGUGACAGUAAACCUGUCAUUGAAUCAACUACCAUGACGGAAAAAAAUCGGACUGAGUGAAAAUUGUGUCGAUAUUGUUAUCUUCUACACGAGCGGGAACUAAAAAACGGCUUCAGGUUGAUCGCUCUUCUACGUCAUGUUUUCAAGAGUUUAAGAGGAUAAAAGCUGAUUUUCCCGUGUUCGUAGAGAUGUUCUUAAGAUUUCUUCUUGUGACCAGCAUCCUAUCUUUUUAAAUGGUUGCUCGUGGAAAUUGUCGCUCCAACACGAUGAACAGAAAGAUCCUUGGCAACAAAGACGCUAUGUGUAACGAUGGAACAAGAGCAGUCUAUUACUUGGACGUUCAGAAGCCUUCAAAGUGGAUUAUAUUUUUGGAGAGCGGAGCGUAUUGUCUCACCAAGGCUCAGUGCCUUGCAAGAUUUGGGAGCAAGUUAACAAACGCUCUAAUGACCUCCAAGUACAUGCCAAGGAAAAUUAGCGGGCGAGAUUUACUUUCGACGUCUUGGAAUGAGAAUAAGUUAUUCUACGAUCAUUCUCGUGUUUUGAUGCCGUACUGUAGCAGCGACGCAUGGCUGGGAGCGCAAAAGGGAACAUCAAUCCUUGAACGUAAUAACACUGGGGAACAGUUUGUCUUCAGCGGUAAAAUCAUUUUUCAAAGCGCCAUUUAUGAGCUGUUCGACCAAGGGUUUAGCCGGGCGCGUGAAGUUGUUUUAGUUGGGAGUAGCGCAGGAGGAGUGGGUACUAUGAACCACGUCCAGUGGUUACAGGACCUUAUGUCAUCCAGGAAUUUACAAGUUAGCAUUUCAGUGAUCAUUGACGGGGGCUGGUUUUUAAAUUUCCAAGAAAGCAUUACAUCAAAGGUUGUGAAAGAAUUCUACAUUAUUGGCGAGCCAUUAUCGGGCGCAUGCGCAGAUUCCACGUAUGGGUAUCCGUGCUGCUUGUCAGCGUUGUGUAUGCUUACACGAGGAUACUACCCUUCAACCCUGCCAACGCUAUUUGUGUUCAGCAUGUAUGAUAUUUAUAUCAUUGGAGACGUUGUUGCCCGUAUGUCGAAAAGAGUUUCCGUGGCAGAGAACGGUGUGACAAAUCUGUUAACUCUGAUUGAGUCAUACGGAGGUGCCAUGAACCAAUCUUUGUUUGUAUUUGAACCCGGAUCUUCAAACCUUAGUUAUUUUGUGCCCGCGUGUUUUCAGCACACUUUCUUGGCCAUGUCAAGCUUGAGAGACGAAGGUGAAGCGCUUGACUACAGUAGAUUGUUCACACACGGAAAUGCUCUUUUUCGUCUGUCUAAAGUUCCCGGAAGUUGGUUGCGUACAGCAAUAAGACGUGGAAAAGAAACCAUUAGUUUACAAUCCACUCUUCUAAAAUGGUUUAAGAGACGUCAUCAACCUGUCAGAGUGACUGACACCUGCCUUGGGCCAAUGUGCAAUCCCACGUGCUCCGAAUCACUUACAUUUGUGGACACUGCCGAGGACUGGGGAGAGGUGCUUAAUGGGGUUGUCCUAUUCUUGUCUCUGGUACUCACUGGUGUAUGUGUCGCAGUAAAGAUCUGUUUUAUGGUCCAAUUACUUCUCCUAGAACAAAAUCAAAGGCGAUAUUUUGAAGAGCAUAAGGAAACGCAGCAGGUGUUCAGUCAUGCCCCUGGUGAGGCAAUAACCCUUUUACGAUACUCGUCCUCAGAAGUUUCUAAUCAUUCUACAAAUGGCGAAAAUCUGCAACCAGUUGUCCACGAAGAUUUCAACGAACAAUCGACGAAAGCCGAGGAUACGUUCUCUAGUAAUACAAUAUUUUACCGUACAGUGCAAUAUCUGCGUUUGGUAUUUCUACAAAAUCAUGGGUACGAACAGUUUGAAAGCAGAGACGAUAAACGCUCGGAAAAUGAAGAAAGUAGCGGUUUUUCUCGUUCACCUACUCAAAUUUAUCCAGAAAGAAGGACUUUCUGUACAUUGAGCAUCAAGAACGCCACUUUGGGAUUCAAACAAGGUGAAUUUAUUGCAAUAGUGGGAAAGCACGGAGCUGGUAAAACAACACUACUGAGUCUUUUGAGUGGAAGAUUAAAAUGUGGUUGUAAGCAGAAACAUCUCAGUAUGCUUGGUAGCGUACAAAAGGAAGUUCAAAAUAGUUAUAUUUUUCUCAAUCAAUUUAAGAUGCCUUAUUACGGAGAGGUUACGAUCAGACGGUAUUUAGGCAUCGCUGCUUUGAUGAGAUUGCCCAGGAAAAUGAAAACUGCAGUCAAGUUGGAAAGAGUAGAGCAAAUAAUAUCCGAGAUGAGACUGAAUUCUUCAGCAGAGGAAACGUUUGGUGGGUCGUGUAAAAAGAACUUUACCGAGUUACAGAAACGCUGUUUUUGCCUUGCAAAUCAGCUCAUCACCAAACCUCGAGCCCUAUUCUUAGAUGAGCCAAUCACAGGGCUGGACUCUACCUCUUCCAUAGAAAUGCUGAACAUUCUCAAACGACUUUGUAACAAUGGACACUUGGUGAUAAUUACUAUGCAUGCUCUACCUGAUAAAACAGCCCGGAUGUACGAUCAACUAGUUUUACUUGCUGAUAAACAGGUAAUAUUUAGUGGUGAUCCUGCAAAACUGUCAGAUUUCUACGAUCGCUUGUCAGAAGAUAACAAUAAAACGCAGAAAGGAUUAGAAGACAUUAUUUCAGAUAUUCUGCGAAAUGAGAAGAUAAAAGAGGCCACUUUGUUGCAAAAUCAGUCUGAAAAGCGGAGAGAAGACGACAUCCGCUCAACAAACGCAAAUGGGAAUCCGUUGUCAUCCUCGUCUGAAAGUUCAGAAAAUGGUGGAUUCCUUACCAGGCUUUUUGUGAUAGACUACAGAGCCUCGUUAUCGAGUACUUCUGGACAGACGAUAUACCUGUCAAUCAUGUUCUUCGUAUUUGGAGUGACGGCGGGAAUAGUUUACUGGCAAGCGGAGACGCCAUUACAAAUAAUGACUGCUUACGGCGGCUCGUCUCUCCCCAGUCUUUUAUUUAUGGGCUCGAUUCUUCACACUCGCAUAAACAAGAACUUGGAAAUUCGACGACUGGAGUCUUCAGAAAGCAUUGGCUAUUCAUAUGAACAUGUAAUGCAAACAUUUCUUAGUACAUCCGCUGUCUGUGUGAUGCCAGUGAUCGCAUGCUCAGUUUUGACUUACUUUAUGGUGUUCACGUCAUAUAACUGGUGGCGAUUCGUCCUGGUGACAAUUAUUUCGCUGGUGUUUAACCAAACGUGGAUUGCAGUUUACAUGUUGGUAACUUAUAUUACACCGAGUAACGCUUGUCACGCAAGCGGCGUCAUAGCUGCAUUAGGAGGAUUCUCUGGCGGAUUUAUUGUCACGAGGAGUGAGAUGCCCAUAGGCCGUCUUCAGCACGAACAACAGUGGUAUGGGUUCGGCAGAGCAAAAUCUACCUCGAAGAACGCAUCGAGCAGACAUUGAAUUUACUCCAUGGAAACCGACAGUGUUUCUCAUUAUUAGAAUAGGGCAAUUUUCAAAGUUGACUAAAAAGACGAAGUGAUGCUUUGAGAAAGUGUAGUUUCAUUGAUGUCGAGCGAUUUACAUAAUUAAGAGAAAGUAUUUUUGGAAGAUCUAAACAAACUUCUAAAGAUGCGCAGACGAGAUCGUGUGAGUCUUAUCAGCGAAGAGUAUUUCAUAAGCCGGUCAUACAAAUCAAGAGUAAUCUCUAACUGCUAGACUAUUCCAUAAUCUUUUUAACUUAAGGGAUAAAAUUACUUUGUUAACCACAAAGGGCAUUAGAGAAAGAAAGCCCAAAGUCAGCUCAUUCACGCGCAAGCUUUUAGGAGAAUGUAAGUUUGAGCUAGCGUUCAUUUUGCAGUUUUUCAAGGUGUCGAUUCAGAUUAAGCGGUUGGAGUCGAACGGAAUCGGUUAUCGAACGGAUGUUUCGUUAUUAAAGAAACAAACGCACAUACAAGGUUACUGAACUUGUUCUAAUUCUACAAAUGAUUUAUUUGUUUGAUAAUUGGAUUUUUUAAUUGCUGUUUGUUAUUAAUACGUGGAUUGCGGAUUAACCGAAAAUAGCUUGAACAAAAAUGAAAUUAUUUGCAUUGUUACCAAUUCACGGAUGAUUGUGGAUUAGCCAAAAAUAGUUUUUAACAAAAACAAAUAAUGAUAAUUAACCUUUUCAUUUAGUUGAUUAAUUCAUUUGUUCUUUCAGUUUUCGAUUCAUGCGUUAUUGGUCCGUGAAUUUUUUUUACAGAGCAGCAGUGCGCGCGCAUGAUAAUAAUCUGAUCAGAUCAGCUACACAGCCGUUCUUAGGGUCGUCACGCAACGCUCCUCCCCACGUGACGACCCGAAAGAACGGCUGUGUAGCAGACUAUGACUAUUCGUAUCUUUGGAAGGAUACACUUCACACUUCCGGCAGGCUCCAUACCAAAUUCGAGUUAGACGGGCCAUAAAGGUACUCUUUUUCAUGACCCCUGAUCUUAAACCUGCUAAAACAAACGAUGUCUACAACUGUCUGAGUGACGCCGGAAAAAAAAAAAAACGAUUUAAGAAAACAUAUUAAUGUUAAGUGGAUCAGUAACACGGGCGGACGGUAAGACGAACUUUUCAAGUUCGUUAUGGCAUUCUGCUCUUAUCUUCCCUUUUUUUGACCAACUAUUUUUGUGCGCAUUCUUUGGAGUUUGUCUACUGGGGCUAGAGGUUAUUUUAAGGUUCUCCUAAAUUAAAGACACGUGAUUCUCCCUAAAGCAAAUUAUGAUAAGAUGGCUACUUUCAGCUCUGUUGUUGAAUAAAAAAAUGUUUGUAUUUUGCAAGAGGACGGGACAAAAAUAAUUCAUGAUACAAGGAAAGAGAAAUGCAAAUCGUCUUGUGACAAGAUUCCUCGUGUUUGUCAUUUAAAAGGAGAGCGCAUCUUUCAUGGAAUACUUUUCAUGUUAUUUUUUACUAAAAUGGUUCUCAUUUGUUACUAGAGUUUUUAAAUGAAACCCGGCUUAGCCUGUGACUGUUUUAAUAUUAACUAUUGAGCAGUACCUUAACGUAGAACUAUUUGCAAUGCAGUACAAGGUGGCUCUAAACUCUAAAGUCUAAGUUCUAGACCCACGCUGUCAGACCAUUCAUAGGGAAACAAUCGUCCAAGAAAUUUGGUAUAGCGAGGGUUAAAAAGAUUGGCUAUAUUCCAUCUCUCAACACCACCAUAUGCCUGGCGGCCUUGCUCGCCAUUUGAUCUCAAGUAUGUUGCAACUAUUAAUAGAGCCACAAAAAUGGAAAACGUUUUAAGUCCUUUGAUCUCUCUUUUUUCAGUUAAACACAAUUCCACACUUUUUUUUAAAAAAUAAUCGAAUUAGACUUUCAAAAUUAAACACCAAAAACGUCUGUCUUUCGUCGAAUUCCCUAAAUAAUGUUUACCCUUCAGACAUUUCUGCACUCGUGCUAUUAAAAUUUAACCCUAUAACUCAAUGGAUCUGAUUUUGGACUCUCCCCUCUAGCUGCUACACAUUUCCAUGUGCAUGACUUACAGCAAUUCAGUAUUAAAGAUCAAAAUAUCAACUUUUAACUGAUAGAUUUAACUAUUCUCAUUACCUGUUUUCUGAGUGAUGUAUGUAUAUUAUAAGGAGAAGUUAAAAAUUGAUCUCUUCUGGGAGAGUUAAUCAUGUCUUGUGCAUUGAACUUCUAUUGAAAAUUUGUGUAAUGGACCAAAAGUUAGCAACGUUGACACGAGACUUGACUCACCACUGGCAUAUUUUAGAUUUUAAACCUUGAAAUAAAUUGUUAAUUUAUUAGACUAAUUCUCUCAUUAGUUCGCCGUAAAUAAAUCAACAUGUUAAUCAAAUGUUUCGGAUUUUUCUUUGCUAUAACCUCUCAUCACAUCAUUAAUUUCAGUUAUGUCGCGAUAUUUCGAAUUUCUUAAAACCCAUCACAUUCCGACUUUUCCCAACAUCUUUUUGAACGCAAUCCUAAGAUUUCUGAGGCUAAUUCUUCAUUACAGGUGUUCAUUAACCUCUAUAGAUAUAUAUAUUUUUUCUGUUUACAAUUGUUAAAAACGCUUUGGGUGUUUCUGAAUAAUAGUUUUACAGGACUUUGAUUUUGUUGAGGUCUCGGCCUAAGGGCUGAAAUAUUUUUCUACUAUUAUUGUUAAAAGAUGUCAUCUAGAAGUUGUGCCAUCUAGACCGUACAUUUCUUCGUUUAAAAGAUUGUAACCAUGGAAGUGUAAGAAAGUAGUAAAACUUCUCGUCUUCUGGAUGGUAGAAGAACUACAGGCCAUAAGGCCAAGCUAGUCUCAUAAAAGUUUACGGAAAGCGAAACAGUUGUCGAAGCUUAAGACUUGUGGGCAAAAUUUUCGCACAAAACCAACCUUCCUUGUGCUUUCAAAUCUUGGUUACAAAACCAAUUUCGAAAACAUUAGAUUCUCUUUGGGAUUACAGCUUUGUUUAAGAAUAGUAUGGGAGCAUUAUAAAGGAAUCUUUCCAAAUUUUAAAAGCUUAACGCUAUCUGUUUUUCGAAUUAACAAUGUGAACGAGUAUUGAAAACAGUUAUGUGGCUGUCUCUCGUGUGAGAUUUCUUCGCCCGCUGUAUGAUUGUUUAGG